AACUUGUAGUAUUCGAGAAGGUGGUGGUGGAGGGAGGCGUGAGGAGGAGGAGGCACAAAGAAGAGAGGAGCGCAUCCACAGAAGACGACGGGACACAGGGAGAGGAAGACAACGACACGAGCAUCACUCUUUUUUUGUAUGUGACGAUCUUCACCUGCAAGAGGCAUCCCCACGGUGGCUUUCUCCACCUAAAAGAUCCACCCAGGGUUGGCUGCUCGUCUACUUCGGGGAUACCUGCCUCUGAAUUGUUUGGUCCUCGGCCCCCCACCCUACCCCACCCCCUCUCCCAAAACGCCCUUCUUCUGGCAGUAACUGAACCCCCCCCGGUCCGUCCCGAUGAAGGAGGCCGACGCCAUCAAGCUGUUUGUCGGGCAGAUUCCCCGGAAUCUGGAGGAGAAGGACCUCAAGCCCAUCUUUGAGCAGUUUGGCAAAAUCUACGAGCUCACUGUGAUAAAGGACAAAUACACCGGCAUGCACAAAGGAUGUGCGUUUCUGACGUACUGUGCGAGGGAGUCUGCAUUGAAAGCCCAGAGCGCCCUUCAUGAGCAGAAAACACUACCAGGGAUGAAUCGGCCCAUCCAGGUGAAACCAGCAGACAGUGAGGGCAGAGGAGAGGACAGGAAGUUGUUUGUGGGCAUGCUGGGAAAGCAACAGAGUGACGAGGAUGUUCGAAGGCUUUUUGAGCCCUUUGGCAGCAUAGACGAGUGCACUGUGUUGAGAGGACCUGACGGGACCAGCAAAGGGUGUGCAUUUGUAAAAUUCCAGGGACACGCUGAAGCCCAGGCUGCAAUCAAUAGCCUGCACGGGAGUCGCACAAUGCCUGGUGCGUCGUCCAGUCUGGUGGUGAAGUUCGCCGACACAGAGAAGGAGCGGGGGCUCAGGAGAAUGCAGCAAGUGGCCUCCCAGCUGGGCAUCUUUAGCCCCAUGACCCUCAACUUCCCCGCCUACAACGCCUACACACAGGCGGUCAACGCUCAGCUUGUCCAACAGCAGGCCCUGGUCGCCCAGUCGGCGUACUUGUCCCCCGUGGCGACAGUUGCCGCCGUACAGAUGCAGCAGAUGGCGGCGCUCAAUGCCAACGGAAUCAUCGCCACGCCCAUUACGCCCAUUACGCCGUCCUCAGGGACAAACACUCCACCGACUAUCGCAGCUACCCCCGUGCCAGCUCUCCCUCCGCCAAUAGGAGUGAACGGUUACGGCAGCGUGCCUCAACCAACCAAUGGGCAACAAGGAACUGAAACAUUAUACACCAAUGGCGUCCACACAUAUCAAGCUCAGACUCCAGCAACCUUGGACCCACUACAGCAGGCCUAUGCCGGCAUGCAGCAUUAUACAGCAGCGUAUCCUGCUGCCUACGGAUUGGUUGGCCAGCCGUUCCCCCAGCAGCCAACACUGGUUGCCCAGCAACACCAGCAGCCUCAGCAACAGCAGCAAAGAGAAGGGCCAGAGGGAUGCAACAUCUUCAUCUACCACCUGCCACAAGAGUUCAGUGAUUCCGAGAUGCUGCAGAUGUUCCUGCCCUUUGGCAAUGUCAUCUCGGCUAAGGUUUUUGUUGACCGGGCCACCAACCAGAGCAAAUGUUUUGGAUUUGUAAGUUUCGACAACCCGGCCAGCGCUCAGGCUGCCAUCCAGGCGAUGAAUGGCUUCCAGAUCGGCAUGAAGAGACUGAAAGUGCAGCUGAAGAGGCCCAAGGAUGCGAACCGCCCGUACUGAGUGACAGCAGAGAAGAGGGAGGAUGAAUACAUAAAGGUGACCUUUCCGAGCCGAGGUGGAAAUUCCAGAGCACUUUCUCGUCGCCUCUGUGCAUCCGCGGAGUGCAUUUAUGUACUUGGACUGACAAACACACACACGCACACAGCCUCCAACACUACACAAGACUGACUGACAAGUGUACAUAACACGAACACACACCAUGUAGAGCCGAGAGCGCCAUCUAGUCGCCGACAGGGUGUUUUAGUACAGUGCGAGCCUACUGUAUGUGGACGGUUUAUUCAAAAAAAAGAAAAGUGCUGAUAUGUCACUUCCAUAGACAUGUCUAUACAUCUCUAUUACUUGACAAAUAUAGAGGGACUGACUGGCGGUGUUUUAAUUUUAAUAAGAGAAGAAAAAAAGACAGAAAGAAAGAACAUACAAGAAAAAAAAUCAUAAAUCAUCAGAAAGAACUGUAAAUAACUUAGUCGACAAAGAACAGCAUUUAAAAACUGGAACAAAGGCAAAAAGAUCUUUAGAAACAGAAAAAUUACACAACAACAACAUUAUUAUUAUUAUUAUUAUUAUUAUUAUUUCCACUAGUAACAUUAUCAUCUUCAUAAAAAGGGAUUAUCACAUUCCAAAUUGUACAAUGGGAAAUCACUAACCUAUUUUAAAUUUCUACGUAGAUUUUAGGUAAUAAAAAAAAAAAAACAC